AUGGACGCAAAAGUAGCACAAAGUUUGCAUUGGUCAACAUGGAGAAGCUCAGACAAUAUUGUGAGAAGACAUGGUGGUUCAUUGCACUUUAGUCAAAGACAAAGUGGAAGCGGUUGGAAGAAUUUUCAAACUAUUGUUUCUUAUGAUCUUGGGUGUAGAAAAGGUUGGAAUGGGCAGAAAUCCGUAGUAUUAAAGGUCUCUUGUUCUUCUCAGAAAACUCAAGCUUCGGUGCUUCAGUCCGAAAGUGCGCUAAUAUCUGUUGAUGAAGCUGCUCUUUUAAAGAACAAGGCAGAAGAUGUUGGAUCAUUACUUGAGGGACGCUGUAUAUAUCUUGUUGGCAUGAUGGGAUCUGGGAAAACAACUGUUGGUAGGAUUUUGUCAGAAUCCCUCAACUAUUCAUUCUUCGACUGUGACACACUAAUAGAGCAGACAGUUGGAGGAAUAACUGUUGCUGAGAUCUUUAAAUUGUAUGGUGAGAGUUUCUUCAGAAACAAUGAGACUGAAGUAUUACAAAAGGUGUCAUCAAUGCAACGAUUAGUUGUUUCGACAGGUGGGGGUGCAGUUGUUCGGCCCAUUAAUUGGAAAUACAUGCAUAAAGGACUUAGUGUUUGGCUAGAUGUACCUUUGGAAGCCUUGGCACGGAGAAUUGCAGAGGUUGGAACUGAUUCACGCCCACUUCUCAGUGGUGAAUCAGGAGACGCUUAUACACAGGCUUUCAAGCGUUUGACUACCCUUCUAGAGGAGAGAGGGGAAGCUUAUGCCAAUGCCAAUGCCAGGGUUUCCCUUGAAGAUAUGGCAGUCAAAUAUGGAUGUGAAGAUGUAUGCAAGCUCACGCCUGCGACAAUUGCAGUUGAGGCCCUAGUACAACUCGAGAACUACUUGAAGAAGGAAGGUACCAGACUAAAAUAA